UUUCACCGCAUACUUUUUAUUAUACUUUCGUUAAGUUUAACUGUUUAAAGUUUGCAAGUCAAAAUAAUGUUUACCCCUACUCGGCAUGGUUUUAUUCGCGGAGUUGAUAAAAUAGCCAAUUCGGUUAUUUUCGCUAUUGGCCCCGUAUUUAUCAUAUUGGCCAUAGGCUUGAUCGGAAUGGCAGCAUUGACAUAUUUUACAGUUGUUUUUCCUUAUUUUUAUCAAUGGGAUGACGAUUAUAUUUGGACAAAAUUUUCUUAUUAUGCUGGAUUAUUAUUUAGUAUAUAUAUGAUAGUUUGUAUCUUUUUUCAUUAUUAUAUGGCAAUUAGAACAAAGCCUGGAGGUGUAUUAAAUGCUGGAACUGCUGAAACGGAAUCAGAUGAUCCAACACUACGAGAAUUAUUUAUUGAAUUGGAAGAAUAUCAAGUAUUUCCGAAAACAUGCAAAAAAUGCCACCUUCCAAAACCUGAAAGAGCACAUCAUUGUUCAGUGUGUAAAAAAUGUGUAUUAAGAUUUGACCAUCAUUGUCCAUGGAUAGCGAAUUGUGUUGGACAUUUUAACCAUAGAUAUUUUUUACUUUUCAUGACUUAUUUGGUGGCCUCUUGUUUUUAUUUUGUUGCUGUUGGGUGGAAAGUUUUUUUGAUCAGUCUUGAUUUUGAAGCUGAGUGGAACUAUUGGAUGCCAAGACCUUAUAUGGCCUUAUCAUUUUUGCUUGCUGUCGCAAUCGGAAUAGCAUUAGGAGGAAUGUGUUCAUGGCAUUAUUAUUUAGUUUUCACAUCACAAACAACAGUAGAAUUUUAUAAUAAUCAAUACGCAAAACGGUCAGCUCGACAAAAAGGAGAGGUAUUUGUAAACCCAUAUGACGUGGGAUGUUUAAACAAUUUUCGUCAAUUCUUUAAUGUUGGCCAGAAUUACAAAUACCCAAUAUAUACGAUAUUUCUUCCUAUACCGAUAUUACCGUCAGGUAACGGUAAAGUAUGGGAGAAGAAUGCAAUGCAAUAUACAACAGUUAAUGAUAUUUCAGAUGAUACCGACUAAAUAUAUAACACCAGCAUUUAUAUAUAUAUUCGUCGUAAUGGCUUGUUAAAGCUUUAACGUUUGUAUAUAUUUACUUUCAUAGACGUAAUAAUUAUAUUAAUCAAAAUAUGCG